GGGGUGGGGAGGGCAACGGAAGGUGAGGUAGAAAGGGGAGCAUACGUGGAGGCCGGACUGGGGGUCGUCAGAAUAUGAAACUGGAGCUUCGAAGGGGGCCGGGAGCAGAAAUGGGUAAGGCAAGAGAAACGGUGGGGGUUGUGUGAGGUCUGGUGAGUUGGUAAGAUCCGGAAGUGUUAAGUUCCAAGAUAGAGGAGGUGGGUUGAGAAGGAAGGCUGGGUGAGGAGAAGGAGUCUUAGGGGGAGCCCAGGGUGGUCAGCGGUGGAAGAGAGUUGAGCUGAGAUCCAGGACAAGGUGGGGAACAGGCCGGGUAGGGGGCUCACUAGGCAAUGGCAGGGGGCGCUGAGGUGUGAGGCUGGUUUAAAGAAGCAGGGUUGCCAGGUGGAAGUGAGGAUGAGUCUGGUUGGGGAGGCAUCUCAGAAGUGACACCAGCACAGACUAAGGGUGGUCCCCAGGUGGAAGGGUGCCCAGGGAGGAAACCCCACAGUGAGGCCUAAGACCUGGUCAGGAGGGUGCCCUCCAUGGGGGAAGCCUCUCCCUGGUGGUUGCUGGAGCCAUGCUGUCCCGGAAAGGCAUCAUCCCUGAGGAGUAUGUACUGACACGGCUAGCAGAGGACCCCGCGGAGCCCCGGUACCGCGCCCGGGAGCGGAGGGCCCGCUUCGUGUCCAAGAACGGCAAUUGCAACGUAGCCCACAAGAACAUCAGGGAGCAGGGCCGAUUCCUGCAGGACGUAUUCACCACACUCGUGGACCUCAAGUGGCCACACACGCUGCUCAUCUUUACCAUGUCCUUCCUGUGCAGCUGGCUGCUCUUUGCCAUGGUCUGGUGGCUCAUCGCCUUCGCUCACGGUGACCUAGCCCCUGGCGAGGGCGCUGCCGUGCCCUGUGUCACCAGCAUCCACUCUUUUUCGUCUGCCUUCCUUUUCUCCAUUGAGGUCCAGGUGACCAUUGGUUUCGGUGGGCGCAUGGUGACUGAGGAGUGCCCGCUGGCCAUCUUGAUCCUCAUUGUGCAGAACAUCGUGGGGCUCAUGAUCAAUGCCAUCAUGCUGGGCUGCAUCUUCAUGAAGACUGCCCAGGCCCACCGGCGGGCCGAGACCCUCAUCUUCAGCAAGCAUGCUGUCAUCGCCGUGCGCCAUGGCCGUCUCUGCUUCAUGCUGCGCGUAGGUGACCUCCGCAAAAGCAUGAUCAUCAGCGCCACCAUCCACAUGCAGGUGGUGCGCAAGACCACCAGCCCCGAGGGUGAAGUGGUGCCCCUCCACCAGGUGGACAUCCCCAUGGAGAACGGUGUGGGUGGCAACAGCAUCUUCCUGGUGGCUCCUCUCAUCAUCUACCAUGUCAUCGAUGCCAACAGUCCACUCUACGACCUGGCGCCCAGUGACCUGCAUCACCAUCAAGACCUCGAGAUCAUUGUCAUUCUCGAAGGCGUGGUGGAAACCACAGGCAUCACCACCCAGGCCCGCACCUCCUACCUGGCUGACGAGAUCCUCUGGGGCCAGCGCUUUGUACCCAUUGUGGCGGAAGAGGACGGCCGCUACUCCGUGGACUACUCCAAAUUCGGCAACACCAUCAAAGUGCCGACACCACUCUGCACCGCUCGCCAGCUUGAUGAGGACCGCACCCUGCUGGACGCCGUGACCCUCGCCUCGGCCCGCGGCCCUCUGCGCAAGCGCAGUGUGGCUGUGGCCAAGGCCAAACCCAAAUUUAGCAUCUCUCCGGAUGCCCUGUCCUGAGCCAUGGUCCCUUGGGCCCCCACACUGCAUGUGUGCACAGAGGCAGUGUAGUAUGGUAUGUAGAGUGGACAUGGUAUGGGCCCCUUGGCGGGGCCAGGAUCUGGUGUGAGGCUGGGCCCUCUUCAGCUCAGCCUCCCCUCCUGCUGUUAGCCCGUGGCGUUACAAGGCACUUGUCACUACGCUAUUUCUGGCCUCAACAGGAGACUGUACUGGGUUAUUUUUGUCUCUGCUCCUCCCAGCCCCAGCUCAGGACCGGCUCACCCCCCACCCUCUCCCUCCUCCCCAGACUGGGGAAGCUGUGGGAAGUGCUGGACCCUCAAGUUGGGUCUCUGUACAGUCGUGCAUCCCCAUGAUCAACUGACCACAAGCUGGACAGAUGGGUGGGGAAGAACAGUCCCCAGGUUGGCAACCUGCUGCUCUGUUUCUGUGACCCCAAGAGAUGAAUGGCCACUCUUGUUCCCUGAAAAAGUGGUGGCUUAAUGGGUGGGCCCUGCCAGCUGGAGAGGGCAGUCAAUGAAGGAGCACAUUCCAGCUGGAGGAUUGGAGGUGUGGAACCUGCACAGACGGGGAAAGGCUGAGGCUGACAGGGCUCCCCUCCCCGGGGCAGACUCAGGCAGGGAGGAAAUGGUGUGAGGACACUCAGCUAUGCCGAGCUCUGCUCAGGCUCAGGAAAGAGGAGAUGGGCUCCUGUGCCCUCGCUCUUUGCCCUGACACCAAGGCUUCAGUGGUGAGGGGCUGCGGUUCCUGCCCACCCCCAUUCUGCCCCUGCCCUGGGAGGCUGAGGUGGGCUGGAGCAGACAGUGGCAUGCUAAGCAGAAAGAGGCUGAAGAGAGGGGGUCCUGGGCCCACCAUACAGAUUGAGCUCUGGUCCUGGCUCCCCACGCGUGGCUAUCACUCACUCUGUCUGUCCAGUGGGUGGCCGUGGAGGGUCUUUGGAUUGGAAAAGGAGAUGUUGGAAAGCUCAGGAUGGUGGCGGUGAGCAAGGUUGCUGAGGCAAAGAGGCCCUUGGUCCUCAUGGGCUUGACCCCAAGUGGCACUCUUGAAGCAGUGCUGCGUAUACUUGCCCAGGAUUCUGCCUUCUCU